AUGUCUCGCGAUUACAAAGCUGCAAUUUCAGCCCUCAACUCGCUGCAGUCCAACUUCGCAAUAGUUAAGGAAUUCAACAAACCUGAAACUAGACAUGCUCUCAAUCUUCGGUCGCUUCCUGAGACCGUCGAAUGGCUGCGUCGCAUCGGAUACCAGCCUUCUGACCUGAAUCGCCUCAAUCCAAUCCAUGUUGCCGGCACGAAAGGCAAAGGCUCGACCUCCAGUUUCAUCUCCUCCAUCCUCUAUCAAUUUACGCCUUCGCAAUCAUCUUCACCGGUAUUCAACAAGGUCGGCCUGUAUACCUCUCCCCACUUGCGAUUCGCCCGCGAACGCAUCAGAAUCAACAAUGAACCUCUUUCCGAAGAACUGUUCGCUCAAUACUUCUUUGAAGUGUGGGACCGCCUUGAUGACGCUGCCCGAGCGGCCGGGGAAGAUCCAAACAACCUACAGACGAAGCCCCAAUAUUUCAGGUAUCUCACGCUGAUGGCCUUCCAUACCUAUCUGAGUGAGGGCGUGGAUGCAGCCGUUAUCGAAUGUGGAAUCGGUGGAGAAUAUGAUUGUACCAAUGUCAUUGAACAACCAGCCGCCACAGCGAUUACAAGCUUGGGGAUCGACCAUGUUGCUCUUCUGGGGAAUACGAUUGAGGAGAUCGCAUGGCACAAAGGCGGCAUCAUAAAGGCGAACACUAAAGCUUUCAGCGCGCCCCAACCGCCAAGCGCGGAGAAGGUUUUACGUGAACGUGCUGCCAACAAGCACACUGAGCUGGAAUUCGUGUCCAGUCAUCCCGAUCUAAAGAAAAAUGGCGAUAUUAAACUCGGCCUAGCUGGUGACUUUCAAUAUGGCAACGCUGCGCUGGCUGUUGCCACUGCUGGAGAAGUCCUUAAGAAGGUAGGGAAGCUGGAUAUCAGCGCUGGCUUCAGAGAGCAGUCCCUCCCUGCGGAGUUUCGCAAAGGUCUUGAACAGGCACAAUUAGAGGGAAGAUGUCAGACCAGGAAGGAGGAAAACGUCAUCUGGUAUAUAGACGGAGGUCACACGCAGGAAAGCAUCAAGCUAGCCGGUCAGUGGUUCGCAUCACAAAUCAAGGCAGACUCUUCGUCGGAAGCUUCAGCAGCGAAGAAGCUACGGGUCCUGAUCUUCAACCAGCAGACUCGCGAUAGCAACGCGCUGGCCCAGUCUCUUCACGAGACCCUCGAAUCUGCCCUUGGCUCUAAGACGCCAUUUACUCAUGCAAUUUUCUGCACAAAUGUCACCUACAAAGAAACCGGGUAUCGGCCCGACCUUGUCAGCAUGAACCAAGAUGGCGCGGCCGUGGAGAAGUUGCAGGUUCAAAAGGCACUCGCAGAGAAAUGGAAUAGCAUUGACCCCUCUGCAGAGGUUAAGGUCUUUGCGACUAUCGAAGAAGCUAUCGAUUUUACCCGUGACCUGGCUUCAAGGGAGGAGAACCGUAUCGAGGGCGAUGAAACUCCAAUCAUGACCUUUGUGACUGGAAGUCUACAUCUUGUCGGAGGUGUUCUUGAUGUUAUCGAAACGAAGCCAUACUCUAAAAAGCUUUGA